AUCAUCGCGGAAGUGGGUGGAAGGCCUUUGUGGUCGGUGGAGUCCUCCGAGGGCAGUGGUUCUAGCGCCGACAUGGCCGUCUCUGACCCUCGCUACCCUCGCUCUUCGAUCGAGGAUGACUUCAACUAUGGCAGCUGCGUGGCCUCUGCCAGCGUGCACAUCCGAAUGGCCUUUCUAAGAAAAGUCUACAGCAUCCUUUUUCUGCAAGUUCUCUUAACUACAGUGACUGCUGCAGUUUUUUUAUGCUUUGAGUCUAUUCGGACAUUUGUACAUGAAAGUCCUGCCUUAAUUUUGGUGUUUGCCGUUGGAUCAUUGGGUUUGAUUUUUGCAUUGACUUUAAACAGACAUAAGCAUCCCCUUAAUUUGUACCUGCUUUUUGGAUUUACACUGUUGGAAUCUCUAACUGUGGCCGUUGUUGUUACCUUCUAUGAUGUAUAUAUUAUUCUGCAAGCUUUUAUACUGACUACUGCAGUAUUUCUUGGUUUGACUGUUUAUACUCUACAAUCUAAGAGAGAUUUCAGCAAAUUUGGAGCAGGGCUAUUUGCUGUUUUGUGGAUUCUGUGUUUGUCAGGAUUCUUGAGGUUGUUUUUUUUUAGUGAGACGAUUGAGUUGGUCUUGGCUGCUGUAGGAGCCCUUCUUUUCUGCGGAUUCAUCAUCUAUGACACACACUCCCUGAUGCAUAAACUAUCACCUGAAGAGUAUGUAUUAGCUGCCAUCAGCCUCUACUUGGACAUCAUCAAUCUAUUCCUGCAUCUGUUACAGUUUUUGGAAGCCCUUAAUAAAAAAUAAUUGAAAGCAGUA